AUGCCAGGGGGUGUUGUCCUGGUGGACAAGCGAGCACCGCCACCUCCACCUCCUCCGCCACCGCCUCCCCCGCCACCGCCUCCACCACCUCCACCUCCGCCGCGUCUGCCAACCCCGCCACCAGAGAUUGUCACUCAACUCCUGCCAAACCAGGCCAUCGAUGUUGGAAGCGCACCCGUGCACAUUGCUGCUGUUCCGGGCAAGGCUGCUGUUGUCGUCGUCGAUCACAAACGGUUGCACGUGUUCACGUGGGAGGAUCAGCAGCGUCAUGUCAAGCACUACAACCUUCCAGCCACGCUCCCCAGGGCAUACGUCUCGGGCAUCACCUGCCUUGUUUCCGAUGAGCUGUCGGUUGUGAUGAGUGCAAGGCAGAAGCUUUACCGGCUGAAGGAAGACCCCAACCGCCCCGAUUCCCUGUCUGUGACAUCGUUCCGACGGCCGCACGCGUCGAUGAUCACAGCCGUCGGGCACAUACCGGGCAAGGGCGACGAGUUUAUCUCCGCCUCCCGCUGCGGUGAGGUCAAGCUUUGGCAGGGCACCGCAUGCAUGCGCGUCAUUGGCAGCAAGACCGACAUUACAACUAUGGCCAUCAGUGCAAGAGGGGCGCACGUGGCUGUUGGCACAGACAAAGGCGGCGUGACGGUGCACACGCUGCAAGGUAACCUGACCAGCACCAACCUCGAGCCUGCUGCUGUGGCAGAGAAGGUGCAGUCCCUGGCCUGGGCCCCCGACAGCGGCCACCUCGCAGCCUGCGCAGCGAAACGCAUCGUCGUCUGGAAAAUCGGGCGCCCAAACGAACCCUCUCCCGUCGUCGCCCGCGUCUCAGAGCCAACAAACGUGUUGCAAGUUGCCUGGCAAACACCCUCAACAUUCAUCAGCCUGUGCGUGGCGGAGAAGCACCAGCUCGUGCUAUGGUCGCUGCGGUCCGGUGUUCCGCUCGUCACCUUUGGUGGCAUGUCCGCGAAUGCCCCGAGGGACUACAAACACAUGUGCUUUCUUCCCCACUGCCCGCGUAACGUCUUCCUCUUCAGCGCAAGCAUCACCGUCAAGCGCCGUGGGCCGUCCCACGCCAAGACGCUCAAGGACAAGCUCUGUGUUGAGGUGAUCCCCGCCUCGUACAAAGUCCACAACAGGCUGGAAACCAUGGCACGCGGUGUCGUGUACUCUCCGCGAGAGGCAUUUGAAUUCUACAACCCUCGAUCACUGUCGCCAUCAGAAGACGAGGAAGAAGUGGCUGAUGAUGAUGAUGAUGAUGAUGAUGGAGAGGGUGAACAGCAACACGAUGAUGAAGAUGAUGAAGAGCAACAACAGACGGUGGUCCUCGGCUCCCGGAAAUCACAGGCUCGCUUCGUCAAGUUUGACAUGGUUGACGAGGAGACGGCGCUUGUGCGGUAUCUGCUGGAGAAUUACGCCAUCUCCGGGCGCAACACCGCCGCCGUCUGCAUGCACAACGCCGUCGUCGCCCGCACAGCCGGCGUGUACGACGAGGCGCAGCAGACGUGGCUGAUGUGCUGUUCGUUCCUGCAGCACGAGGGGCCGUCGACGUCACCGGAGGAGAAGCCUGCGCCGCCGCGGAAGCAGUGGUGGCAGCUGUCUGGUCCCGAGCGCAUGCGGUACAUGGAGUACAGGCGCGCGAUUGAGCGGAAGAGAGACCGCCAGUACUGGCGGAGGGUGGAGGCGAAGAGGCGCCACAACGAGCGCGAAGCUGCACGCAAGGCCUGGGAGGAGCGGGAGCUGAACAAACGGCUGCCCUCGCCAACGCCGAAGAGUGGGUACACGGGCACCGUACGCGUGCAGGACGGCGUGUACGUCCACCACGACGGUGUUGAAGAUGACGACAUGGCAGCCGCGUUGGAGCGCGCUGAUGCUGAUGCUGAUAAUGGUGGUGAUGACAAUGGUGGCGCUGCGCGGCUUCUUCGCAUAUGCGAUUACGACGACAUCGACGACAUCGACGACGAUGACGACGAUGAUGAUGGCGAUGAAAGCGGGACUGGUGAUCGCGAUGGGGUUCGGGCAGGCAACGCGACCGCAGCUGACAAACACGAGCGCAAGGAAGAACAUCAUCAUCAUCAGCAGCAGCAGCAUACGAAGAAGCAUACGAAGAAGGACGAGAAGAAGGACGAGAAGGAUAAGAAAAAAACACCCAUGAAAAACUGGCGGAAGAAAGGUGCUUCUUCGCGGUUCGACAUUGGCAUGGACACGGCCACCCUUCCGUUCCCAGAGGACGGCGGUGCUCCGCCCGCUCAGCGUGAGCCGCUCGUCUCCCUCCAGCAACAGAUUGUCACCGACGUCGCGCCGGAAGUGCCGCUGCAGGAUGCAGAUGCAGGUGUUGCCAGCGACGUCGGCGGCGACGACCAGCAGGACGCCAUCCAUUUGCACGCCAUCCACCUCGAGUCGCCAGACCUGACACACCUCCUCUACGAGACCAUGGAGUACUACGUCGAAACCGGAAACGUCAUCAUGGCGUGCACGAUGGUGCUUGCGAUUGGGCCAAUUGCGCGGGACGUUGUGCCGGCUCACGUGCUGGAGGAGUGGUUUUCCGCAUACGUCGACAUCCUCGCCAGAUUCAACAUGUGGUUCAGGCGGGCGCAAGUGCUGCGUGCGUGCGGGCUGAGGAGCAUCACGAAUGACCACCAGCGCGACAUUGUCUAUCAGUCCGUCUGCGGGCGCUGCAACGAAUCCAUCCCACCAGGCAAACCCUGCCGCUCCUGCAACAAACCAGUUGUGUGCGCCAUCUGCCGCCUGCCUGUGACGUCGCUGCUGGUGUGGUGCUGGUGCGGCCACGGCGGCCACGCCCACCACAUGUACGAGUGGUUCUCCAAGCACCACAGGUGCCCUGAUGGGCGAUGCGGGCAUCAGUGCGAAGUGUUCCGCGUUCGCGCGCAAGCCAACGACAGCGACGAAGAAGGCGAAGAGGAGCAGCUACAGCUACCACCUCAACCACAGACACUGUCUGCCCGCCAGAAGAGCGCGAAGAAGCUCGCAGCUGGGGCGGACGGCGAUGAUGGCGCUGCUUGGUCCCCCCAUGGCCGCUUUGACUUCCAUGGCCAUGAUGGGGGUGACAGCGACGAAGACAGCACGGGCGAUGAGGAUGAUGGAGAACCGUUCCGUGCGCGCUUCUCGGUCGGCCGCGUCCCGCGCGAUGAGUUGCACUUUGCCGGCCCGCCCCAGCACUACGAGGGAGCACUGCACGCAGCCAACACGCAGCAGCUGCCCAGCCGUGCAGGAACUGCAACCGCCACGCUGACGUCGCUGUCUGGGGUGACUGGAUCAACCUAUGCUGAUCACGAUGAUCGUGCUGCUUGUGGUGAUUUUGGAAGUGACCAUGGAAGUGCUGUCGCUGAUGAUGACUUUGACGAUGGCAGUGAUGAUGAUGAUGAUGAUGAUGGCGGUGGCGGUGGUGGCGGUCAUGAUUAUGACGGUGAUGGUGACUAUGAUGACGAUGAUGACAGGCUUGGGCGACAAGCAUUCGUGUCCUUCUACCAGCCGUCAUCGCCCUCACUCCCCUCGUGUGCGCUUUCGUGCUCACGCGCGCCGUCUUCAUCCUCCUCCGAUCUGUCCACGGCAGCAGAGGCUGCCCUGUCCCCGCCACCUGCGCCCCGGCUCCCGUCAAUUGUGCCGUCCCCAAGGCCUCCGUCCCCUUCAGGAGCGCCCGUUGCCCUGCGCGGGGUGUUGGUGGCGCGCGCUGAGGCAGUGCCGCCGCCACGCCUCAUGUCGUCCAUUCUUUCGGCAAUGGAGGACGAUGCGAAGAAAGCGGAGAAGGCGCAGGGCACCGGCGAAGCCGACGAUGGCGACGCAGCAAUGCCCGCCUCAUCUGCGUCGCGGCCGAAGCGCCGCAAGCGACAGAAGCGGCGGCGACGCAGACCAACGAAUCCGGUGGUCCGCGGCGGGAGGAGGCAGGCGGUGCGCCCCGCAACUGUGCCCCAGGAGUACGUCAUGGACUCGAUCCUGUCCGCUGUUGGCGCCAACGAUGCUGCUGCCGCUGAUGAUGUUAGGGGCGCAAUGCACGAGCCACGACGCCGUCGACAGCAGCAGCAGCAGCAGCAGCACACGCCGUCGCCUCAACGCCUGCCACACCGGCGAGAGCUACAACCGUCCCCUGCGUCACGCAGUGCGCGCUCUUCCAGCGUGGACUCGCGUGGAUCUGGACACCACGGUGAGCCUGUUGGAGGCCCACAUGAACACGGCCGCCAACGACGAUACCGCCAGCAGCAGCGCGCCUCGUCCCUGCGCGAUACACCACAGCCACUCGGCAAGGACCGCUUUCGCUGA